UGCCGAGGUACAACGCCAUAAGAACUCCGGCAAUCCCGGCCAAUGGACACUCCAAAGGUGUGAACUUGGAACUCUCGAUCCAUCCUUGUGCUACUGAUGCUUGAAUGUUCACUAUUCAUCGUUUCACCAGCCAGCUCAGACUCGGGACGAAUUGACUUUGGCUGUAGUCAACAAAUGCCAAGAGCUCGAUUUCCUGGCUGGAAAACACCGGCACUUGCCAAAUACACAACACACCCGACGGCUGAGAAAAUGAGCUGUGGUUUUGUGCAACGCCGUUGUUGACCGUCUUCUUUGUCUGAUCAUCCUCGAGCGAGAUCCAGCAAGCCAGUCACUUUCACAACUUGACAGAAUUAGUCGGUGAUUUGGAACCAAGCGCCUUCCCGUGUGUCCAGCACCAUGAGUCCCAACCGUCGGUUCGCCAACUACCCCGGCGCCAGACAGGCGCCUGCCUCUGCCCUCGAAUACCAGCUCGAGCAAGACAAAAACCCUGCCUUGCGCGGACUGCCAAUCGCGAUUGCGUCUGUGAUAGUCCAGCACGCGGAAUGGCUUCAGAAGCUGCUCUGGAGAAACGCAAAAUUCGGCCAGGCCAAGUUCAUCCCCGACCUAGAGGGCGUGGCGUUUCGGCUAACACCCAACGUCAUCCCCCUCGAAGACCCCAGCUCCCCAACCGCCGUCGGCAUGCUCGAGCUCACGCCGGACCUGCAGACCCCGCAGCCGGCCGACCUCCCGGGGCGGUUCUACUCGGCGGCCGACUACCAUGCGCUCUACCGGUCCGGCGCAGCGACGCCGCUGCAGGUGGCCGAGGCGCUUCUGCCGCUCGUUCGGCGGGACGUCACGCCGAGAUCCGAGUAUGCGGUGGCGUGGACGCAGACGGAUGUUGAUGCUGUGCUGGCUGCGGCGAGGGCGUCGACGGAGCGGUGGAAGGCGGGCAGGCCGCUGGGGAUUCUGGACGGUGUGCCGUUUGGUGUGAAGGAUGAUGUUUCUGUGAAGGGGUUUGUGUCGACCAUGGGGAUGAGGGCGGGCCAGGACCACGCGUAUUUCAAGAAGCCGUGCGAGGCGACGGCGUGGCCGGUGGUGAAGUUGGAGGAAGCCGGGGGGAUUAUGAUGGGGAAAAUGAACCAGCAUGAGAUUGGCAUGGAUACCACGGGGUGCAAUCCUUCCAUCGGAACGGCCACAAACUGGUACAACAAGUCGUACUAUCCGGGCGGGUCGUCGUCAGGGGCAGGAUCCGCCCUCAGCGGUGGGAUUGUCCCCAUCGCCGUGGGAACCGAUGCAGGCGGCAGCGCUCGCAUCCCGCCCGCCUUCUGCGGCGUCUACGGCCUCAAGCCGACUCACAACAGGAUGUGCGGCAUGAGUUCGUCCAUGUGCGUCAUCGGACCCAUGGCUGCCACCGCCGCAGACUUAACCAUUGCCUACCGACUCAUGGCGCAGCCCAACCCCGACGACCCGGCCCAGAACCUGCUCGCCGUGUCGACCCCCCCCGACCCCUCCGCCAAAAAGUACCUCGGCAUCUGCCGCGAGUGGAUUGCCACCGCCUCCCCCGACGUUCAGGCCAUCUUCAACCAGACACUCGCCCACCUCACCACAACCCACAACUACGAACCGAUCAACAUCAGACUCCCCUUCCUCCACCAGGGCCAAGUCGCGCACGCAGCAACCUGCCUCACCGAAGCCGCCUCCGACGCCCGCAACCGCUCCGCCCCUUCCCCGUCAACCUACCUCCGCCCGCUCAACUACCCCAACCGCAUCCUCGUCGCCACGGGAUCCCAGACCCCGGCCAUCGACUACCUCCGCUACGGCCAGAUACGCCAGGUAGUCAUGUCACACCUGGCCUUCCUCUUCGACACGUAUCCGGGCAUGCUGAUCCUCACGCCCACGACGCCCAUGCCCGGCUGGCCCAUCGCGCCGGGUGAUGAGAAGUACGGGUGCAGCGAGGGGAAUCUGUCGAUUGCUAGUAUGCGGUUCGCGUGGCUGGCUAACACAAGUGGCUGCCCUGCCCUGAGCUUUCCGGCGGGUUAUGUCGAGCCCCGGCAGGGGGAGGGGAUGCUGCCUGUUGGGCUGAUGGCCAUGGGGGAGUGGGGCGCUGAGGAGCAGUUGCUGGGUUUUGCGGGGGAGAGGGAGAGGUUCUUGAAUGAGAUGUAUCCUGGCGGACGGAGGAGGCCGGAGGAGUGGGCGGAUGUUGUUGGAAUGGCGAAGGGAAAGGCUGGGGUGGGCAAGAAAGUUGGAGAAAUGAGGGAGUGGUGAAGGCGGAUGUUCUGAGAAUUUGGAUUUGUCGUGUUGGUUUGUUGCAGCAGGGUGUAAGGUCUCAAUUGUGUUUCAGCACAUGUAACUUCACUACUAUAAGGGUCUCGUGGUUAAUCUGUGGUAUAUUGAUAACAAUGAUGCG